UCACAACAGCGGUAUAUUCCACCGGCUUCGAUUUUCCUUCCUCCAAUCUUGGAACACGAGAGAGAGAGGGAGAACAAGAAAGAAGAAGGACAUGGAGACAGGGAAAAGAGGGGAGAAGCCGCACGUAGCGCUUCUGGCAUUCCCCUUCGGCUCGCACGCUACGCCGCUCCUAACGCUGGGUCGCCACCUUGCCGGCCUGGCAGGGGACGUUAAGUUCUCCUUCUUCACCACCGCGGCCUCCCUUAAGCCCAUCUCCUCUUUGGUUUCCGCCUGCUCGGGGAACCCCAACAUGGUCUUCUGCACCAUCCCCGACGGCUUGCCGGAGGACUUCGCCUUCUCGCCGGAGCGGCCUCAGGAAGGCAUCGAGCAUUUCCUGCGAUCGGCUCCCCACGACCUCCGGCGGGCCCUGGCAGGGAUGCAACCGCCCCUCUCCUGCGUGCUCGCGGACGCCGUCCUUGUGUUUGCGCAGGACCUCGCCGACGAGGCAGGCGUGCCGUUGAUCUCCUUCUGGACGUCUGCGGCCUCUUCCCUCAUCACACACAUUAACACCGAUCGCCUCCGAGAGAAGUUCGGGGUGGUGCAAGCACUGACGCCUGAGAACAGAGAUAUUCCCGUCGAUUGCAUCCCGAGCCUCCCCUUCCUGAGGCUCCAGGACCUGCAGGAGUGCAUCGUCUCCGGCCGCCUCGACUCCGUCUUCUCCGUUCUACUCCACAACAUGGCCAAGGCGAUUCCACGGGCGGCCGCCGUACUUACCAACACAUUUGAGUCGCUCGAGCCCUUCUCUCUCACGGACCUCCGAACCAAACUAAAUGCCUGUCUCACCAUCGCUCCGUUGUUCCUCCUGUCACCGCCGCCGCCGGCAUCUUCCCCUGCCGCCGACGACCACGGAUGCAUUUCCUUCCUUGAUUCCCACCUGCCCAACUCCGUCGUGUACGUCUGUUUCGGCUCCGUCGCAGACUUACGCAUACCGAAGCACGAGAUCGCGGCAUUGGCAGAGGGCCUCGAGUCAUCCGGCGCUCCGUUCUUAUGGUCCCUGAAGCCUGAGAGGCAAGCCGACUUACCUGCUGGUUUCGUGGACAGAGUCAAGGGACGUGGGCUCAUGGUUCCAUGGGCACCGCAGCUGGCCGUCCUUCCCCAUGCUUCCCUCGCAGUGUGCAUAUGCCAUGGCGGAUGGAACUCCAUCCUUGAGGCCAUCGCUGGAGGUGUGCCGGUGAUAUGCCGGCCGGUCUUUGGCGACCACCCUAUAAACUCCCGUUUGGUUGAUAUCUCGUGUUGGGGUGUGGGGGUCACUGUGAGGGAUGGGACUUUCACCAGGGAGUCCGUUGAGGAGGCAAUCCGGCUCGUGUUGAGCGAGCAGGUGGGGAAGGCAUUGAGGGAGAAGGCGGGCCACCAUUGGAAGAGGCUAAUGUGUGAGGCGGUGGGCGAAGACGGGAGUUCUACCAGGAAUAUAAAUGCGUUGGUGGAGAUGGUGAGAGGAAGGGCUUGAGGAGUCAGAUCACGUUUUUUGUCUACCAGUAUCCGUUUGUCUGUUUGUUUUUUUGUUUGUUUUUUUGUUUUUUUGUUUUUUUGUUUUUUUUUUCUUUGGUCGAUCAUUUUUGUCUACCAGUAUCCGUUUGUUUGUUUUUCUUCCUUUUUUUUUCCCCUUUCCUUUGGGGGAGGUUGAUAGCUUCAUAUUUAAAUUUAAGAUCUUUAGUGUUUGAGAUAAUAACAGUCCUUCUCCCUCUAAUUUUAAAUCCAACUUUCUUUAAGUUAAGGAUUGAAGUGUGGACUUUAGGUGUAUCCUAAGAUCUUUAGUUUGCUGAACAGUGGAUAUUUUCAUGGAUUUUUUUGUCACAUCAGCGAAAAAGCAUGUCAUGUCAUUUUCGCAUCAGAUAUAUGGAUUUGAAACUGCUUAUAAUCAAACACCUCCUUUGAGUUUUACUGAGGCUACUACUUGGGGAUGUUGUUUAGGUUUUGAUCCAUUUGCGCAUUACAGUAAAUUUUGAUUUUGAAUGAUGUUAAAAUGUGCUGCUCAUAAUGUAUGUCAAGGCCUUGGAGGUCAUAUUGAAUCGAACCCCGUUAUUGAAAGCCCUGGUGAAAUGUUGUGGGGAAAGGAGAAAUCUGUACGGACAGCUGAAAUUUCAUCCGCCCAAUUUGAAAACCCAUGAAACUAGGUGAAAUUUCACCCCGAGCAGGUGAAAUUUCACCUGCUCGAGUUUAUUGUUGUGUGCGCUCAUUUCACCCCGCUCGACUUCCCUCCGCAGCUACUCCUCCCUUCUGCCUUCUCUCCGUCGCACCAAAGGCCUACUCACCGUCGCCGCUGCGCCGUCGCCUCUCCUCUCCUCCGCCGGUACGCUUUCUCUGGCUUCUCACUGGCAGAGAAGAGAGACGCGGAGACAAGGCAUCAUCUGCUACUGCCACAGUUGCCGCUCCAUCCCCUCUGUUACUGCCCCGCUAUGAUGAAAGAUCAGUUUGCAAACUAUGUUGUGCAAAAGGCAAUCGAUACUUGUGAUGACCAACAACGUGAAUUCAUUCUGUCACGGAUCAAGGUGCACUUGAAUGCUCUGAAGAGAUAUACUUAUGGAAAGCACAUUGUUGCUCGUGUGGAGAAGCUCAUAGCUAAUGGAGAGAGGCGCAUGGGGGCAUCUACUUCCAAAGCACCUUGAAAACAGAGGAUCAAGAGACCUUGUACAGCUAACAUGGCUGGCGUAAUUGAAAACCAGUCCAUGAUUGUUUUGUUCUCCUUCCCAUCUUCAUUUGUCUUUUUGGUAGAUUGAAAAUGAGAGGCAAUAGAUGCUGAGGUUAAUUGUAUAAAUGGUAGGCCAGCUUAAUAAUCUUCUUGUUGUGUAUAUCUUGUAAUCCCUUAACUGUAAUUCAAGUAAAUGGCGGUGGUCAUGCCGAUUCUUA